AUGAAUCUGAAGAACAUGAAGGUUCCGAACGUUCCCGGAGGUGCUGGUGGUGGCGCAGCGUCGGCGCUGUUGAAGCUGAGUGUCAUCGGCGGGAUUGGUUUGUAUGCUGCUGCCAACAGUCUCUACAAUGUUGAAGGAGGACACCGAGCUAUUGUUUUCAACCGUUUGAUUGGUGUCAAAGACAAGGUCUAUCCGGAAGGGACACACUUUGUUGUUCCAUGGUUUGAGAGGCCUGUCAUAUAUGAUGUUCGUGCACGACCGCAUCUAGUUGAGAGUACCUCAGGAAGUCGUGAUCUCCAGAUGGUGAAAAUUGGGCUUCGAGUCCUUACUCGUCCUUUGCCAAGUGAGUUACCUUCAAUUUAUAGGACCCUCGGUGAGAACUUUAAUGAAAGGGUUUUGCCUUCAAUUAUACAUGAAACUUUGAAAGCUGUUGUCGCCCAAUACAAUGCCAGCCAGCUUAUUACUCAGCGUGAGGCUGUUAGUAGGGAAAUCUGGAAGGUUCUGACUGAGAGGGCUGUUAACUUCAAUAUCGCCCUUGAUGAUGUGUCAAUUACCACUCUAACGUUUGGCAAGGAGUUUACUGCUGCAAUUGAAGCCAAACAGGUGGCUGCACAAGAAGCUGAGAGGGCUAAAUUUGUUGUGGAGAAAGCUGAACAAGACAAGAGAAGUGCCGUAAUUAGAGCACAGGGAGAAGCAAAAAGUGCCCAACUUAUUGGACAAGCUAUUGCCAACAAUCCAGCUUUUAUCACACUGAGGAAGAUCGAAGCCGCAAGAGAGAUUGCGAAUACCGUAUCCAACGCAGCAAAUAAGGUUUACCUGAACUCAGAUGAUCUGUUGCUGAAUCUUCAGGAGAUGAAGUUGGAGCCAAGCAAGAAGUGA